AUGGGUGUACAAGGAAAUCCCCUGAUCAUGAAUGGUGGAUUUGAAUUAGGUGCCAAAUCAACCAGAGAUAUUUCGGUUCCAGAUGGAUGGGAAGCAGGUCGAUUUUGGCCAAGAACAGGAUGUCGAAAUGUGAAUGGACAGUUCAGAUGUGCUACAGGUGAUUGUGGUGCCGGUGUUAACAAUUUUCAAAUGGAAUGUAGAGGCAUUGGAGGUCAACCACCGGCAACUAUCGCUGAAUUUACAUUGAACGGUUGGGGUGGUAGUGAUUACUAUGAUUUAAGUAAUGUUGAUGGUCAUAGUAUUGCAAUGACGAUGCGACCCAUUCCCGGACAGUAUCAAAUGGUUAAUAAUCCAGAAUUAGGCAAAUACAAUUGUGGUUCAGCUACAUGUACAUUCAACAUGAACCGUUGUCCGCCAGAAUUAUCAAUGGAGGAUGGUAAUGGUGGCCGUGUAUGUGCAUCGAUCUGCGCAGCAAUACAUAAUCCCGGACAACGUGCUAAACAUCAACAUUUACAAAAUAUUUAUAAUAAUGAAGAUACACGUUCACUGGUCUGCUGUAGUUGUGAUCGUAAUUAUUGUGUAUCACCACAUGACAAUGUGACACCGGGUGGAAAAUGUUUUGUAGAACGAUGGCCACGAUCAACAGACAAUCAACGAUACGAUCAAGUAUUUAAAUCACAAUGCGCAGAUGCAUACAGCUGGCAGUUUGAUGAUUUUGCAAGCACCUAUCAAUGUAAGGCUGCAAAUUAUGAAAUCAUUCUCUGUCCCAACGGAGAAACUGUGGUUAAUCCAACACCAACGACAGCAGGGCCAAAUACACAAUCAAAUAAUUGUGGUGGUGCUAUUUUUGAUACAAAUAUGUACCAAUGUCAUAACAACAAAUAUUUGUGUCUUAAAGGUGAAUUAGCCUGUGGUGAUAACCCACAUGCAUGUUACAAGCCUAAUGUAACACAAACAAAAACAGUUGACGUUGAUUUUAAUGACGAAGAAGAAGAAGACAAGAGUCUAAUUAUUGAUCAAAGUGGAACAUAUGAAACAUCAAAUCAAAACAGUAGAGUAUAUGAGUCAAAAUGCCAAACAAAACGGCGUGAAUCAGCUGGGGACUUUCCCUCGUUAGAAGAAAAAGAAUGA